GGCAAAUCGUCGUCACUCAAUUUAAAUACGGCCAAUUAUUACGAAAUGCUGACUUGGCGAACGAAAUUAACUGCAUAAACGGCCAGAGAGGAGAACAACAUUAGCAGUGUGAAAGUAUCGACAUUAUGCCGAGCACGAAGGAUCCCUUUGGAGAGGAUGUGUCGCUCCUUUAUCCGGACAAUCACAGCGAUAAGUUCACCAAGUUUACAGAGACACCCUGUGAAACGCCGAUAAUCAAAGGCGUAGUAAAUCAAUUACGAAAAUGGCCAGCGGAUGUAAUGUUCGCAUUCCUGGCAGCCUGUCUAAUCAUAGGAAGUCUGGUUUUCUUGAUCUUCCUCACGGUGGCUAUUUGUGCGCCCACCGUUGCCGGUAACAGAAUGGGAGGAAUCUCGAACCUACAAGUCGGAGCAUCCAAUGCGUACUUCUUCAAACUGGAUAAUCAGAACUGGUCAACGACGGAUUAUUGCUAUAUAGAAACUGCGGCCAGAAGACAUCCAGACUUUAACGUGUACCUGAUAAAUUUAAUAAAGGAGGAGCCUAAUAAGGAAAGAUUGAAUCAGCCGAGUAUUAAUGGAACAAGGCUGGAAUCUAAAUUGAACGAUUCAAAUAACUAUCAUUCCUCGAUAUCGAGUCGAGAGGAUAAGCUUAGGCAACAAUUGGUACUUGCAAAUGGAAAUAUAAGGAACGUCAAUGUGUCGAUCGAUAAAUUCUUCAAAGGCUCGAAACUGUGGAAAAUUGCGAAAGAAUUGGACGACCAAGUUCUGGAAAUGGCAGCCAAAGCACAGUUGCUUUGGAGCGUUCCUGGUGUCGUCCUCAAACCGAAUAUGUUUUGCAAUCUAGACUCGGUGAAAAGUUACCUUUGCAACAAUAAAGACGAGUGUUUACCAGACAAGCUGGCAACUAUUGAGCCAGAAAACGAUAUUCAGCUAACAGGAGUACCAUGUCAAGCUUUCAUGGGCUUCAUCGUCCAAGAAAUAUCAAAGAACAACCAUAAUGGAAAAUACACAUUGAAGGAAGCGGUAGAAAAAUAUUGUCCAAGAUUGUAUUACUGCCCAGAAAUUCGGAUUCUAAACUCGAGCCCAAAGUGUCCAACGAAUGCUUUAAACUGCCCUAUCGUUUACUCGAGUAUACUAAUGCAUAUCACGUGACGACUGAUAUAUUUUAUUACAAACUGUACACGUUGUAGCUUAUAAAAUAUAAUUUUAGAGAAAU